CAGACAUCGUUAGUUACGCACACUUCCGGUGCUGCUUUGUAGACUGCGUCUGUGUGGUAAAGGAGAGCGGUCGGGACCGGUGAGAGCGGAGCUGUGCGGAGAGGUUUAUACUUUCCUUUUACAUCAUGGUGGAGUAUUAUGAAGUAUUGGGUGUCGUUAGAAAUUCCUCACAAGAUGACAUUAAGAAAGCCUACCGAAAAUUAGCACUUAAGUGGCAUCCAGAUAAAAAUCCUGAGAAUAAAGAUGAAGCAGAAAGGAGAUUUAAAGAAGUUGCUGAGGCUUAUGAAGUGUUGUCAGAUACCAAGAAGAGAGACAUCUAUGACAGAUAUGGAAAAGAAGGGUUAACUGGUGGAGGAGGAGGAGGUGGUGGUGGUGGAAGUAACUACGACCAUCCAUUUGACUUUGGUUUCACAUUCAGAAGCCCAGAUGAUGUCUUUAGAGACUUCUUUGGCGGACGAGAUCCAUUUUCCUUUGAUUUAUUUGAGGAUCCUUUUGAUGACUUCUUUGGAAAUAGAAGAGGCCAUAGAGGAAGCAGAAACAGGCCCGGAGGGUCAUUUUUCUCAGCUUUUGGAGGAUUUCCAGGAUUUUCCACAGGCUUUUCUCCAUUUGAUUCAGGUUUUACUACAUCAUUUGGUUCCAUUGGACAUGGCGGCUUUACCUCAUUCUCCUCUUCGUCAUUUGGUGGUUCAGGAAUGGGCAACUUCAAAUCGGUUUCCUCAUCAAGCAAAAUUAUUAAUGGCCGGAAAGUUACAACAAAAAGGAUUGUUGAGAAUGGUCAGGAACGAAUUGAAGUUGAAGAAGAUGGCCAGUUAAAGUCCUUAACAAUUAAUGGUAAGGAGCAGCUGCUACGCUUGGAUAACAAGUAAAAUUCAACGCACGCAUGUAACAGAAAUAUUAACCUAAACAAGCACCAUUUGUGGAAUAUCAGGAGCAUUUUUGAAGAAAUCUAAAGAACUGUUCAGAGGGUAUCUGUAUUUAAUCUAAGACCUAAGUAAAAGAAGCUCGUGGAGAGUUUCUCUUAUUUGUCAGACGCUCAGUUCUGUUUUUGGGACCACGCUCAUAGGACCAUAUAAUUUUUUUUAUUUUUCUUUGUUCUUAAUAUCGUACUUUUCUGUAUGCACUUUUUAAAAGUUUACCUUCAAAUUGCCAUGUGGGCCACUCUAGCAAAGUGCACCAGGGGAACCCUUUGGCAGCCGUGAGGUAGAACAAGAAGUGAGCCGUAAUAUUUCAUUAGUGGUUGAACGCAGCGUUCACUAACUGCAUGACUCCUUUUUACUCAUUUUGUUUAAAAAUGUGAACAAAGUGUUUGCUGUCCACCUUGCUUCCAAUCCAACAUUCCAAGCAAAGCAGUCUGGAUACUCAUCUUCCUAAAUGAGAGGAUGUUAAACGAUGCAUUUCCAAUUUUUGUAGUAUGAGGUUUGUGUGUUUGUGUUUUUUUUAUUUUAUUUUUUUCUUUCUUUUUAUCUGUUUGUGCAUGGGUGCUUCUAUUUUAGCACUUUUUUGCCAGCUGUUGUGUAAUUUCAGCAAGAAAAGACACUUUAUUUUGUCAUUUGCUAAAAGUUGGAUAUGAAUAAAUGCUGAUGUUUGUAUUGCAUUCUUUUAUUUAUGAUACUUGUAGCAUUCUUGUGUCCGUUUUAUACUUGGGUAAUUCUCACAAGCUUUGCUUUCCACACAAAUAAGUGGAUCCCUCCUUCUCCCCUUUUUAUUGUAAAUAAAAAGAACCACAAUUCCUAUGCUCACA